AAAGGGUAAAACCCCGAAUGGUUGAGAAAUUGUUGUUGUCUGUCUCCUCAUCAUGGAGGUAGGAUUGUCUCCUCGUGAAUCAAAAGCAAGAAUGAGCAAAAUCAAAUGAAGAACCGCCCAACUUGAGGAUAAAAACAGUGUUCAUUUGUCGGGCCAAGGAGUCAGUAAGUAUGUCAGCACACGGAGUUAGACAGGGAGGGGAUGACGGGGAUUUUCUUCUCAACGUCCUCCGGUCUGAGUCGCCGCCGUCGCCCGGUGAUGUUGACGGCACCACAGCGUCCCAACCUCCCCGCAGCUCCCCGAUUCCCGGACUUUCAGCAACUGGAUAUGGCAACUGUUAUGACACAAGGGGGUUAGUUGACACCCCAUCGCCAUCAAACCAAAACCAAGUCUCAACCCUGGACGAUUUCUUGUUGACGACUUUGGACGAGAUGGAGAGCCGGACUGAGAAACUUCGAGAGACAGUCAAGGAUGCCGUGGAGGAGCGGACGCAGUUAUUGGGUUCGCUAGACACACUGAUGCAGAGCGAAGCUCUAGGCCGUCAUAGUGAUGAUGAAAGACAGGAACUGGAAAUAUACAUGGACCGCCUCAUAGGACGACUUCUCACAAUCGACAUCUCAGUGCAGAUAGUCCGGAGCAUUCCGCAAGAGCAAUCUCUACAGACUGUCCGAACUUUCCUGAUAAAGCUCCGAGACUGCAUCAGUAAUGGGGUCCCCGAUGCGGCGACCACGAUCCAGAGAUAUCUGAAUAGCUGCAUGGAAGAAGCCAAAGGGCCAGUUGACGAUCGGUUCCAGGGGGCGCUGCUGGGUUGUGCAGCCGAGGAUCAGAAGGAGAUACGCAAAAAACUCGGAGCUAUAUCGGAAGCGAGGGAGGACACUGAAAGACAGAUGUCUGUUUUUAACUCGAUGGAUCUGGAGUAAAUCAGAACUCACACUUGGACUUAUCGUUAUUUUAAAUUAAAAAUAGUUAUACUUCUUAUAUAGCAUUCAAAUCUGUCACUCAAGGAUUUUUCUUCUGCAACAUUCUUAUCACUGAUUACUGGGCCAUUACAAGUGUCAUGAUGGGAUUUGAACCCACACCCUAACCAUCACAACUUCUAUGGGACUUUGUUGCAGGAGCACCAAGACCAGGGGCAACGGAGGCCGUGGCCUCCAUGGAAUUCAAUAUGACCCAAGUUCAUAUUGCUUAACAAUUUUCUGCUCGGCA